UUUAUUUUUCCCAAAGAGGAAAUUCAAGUGUUACAGGAGUAAGUGUUUGUUUUAAUGAGAUAAAGAAAAAAAAAAAGUUCCUUUUUAAAAAAACAAACCCGGUCGCUGACAGUGAAACAUUCCUACAGUGUCGGGCAAAUUUUCUCAUGCCUCAUAAAGUUACCGUCGCUGUCAUAAAAUGACGCGAGCGCGUUUUGUUUGCCGAGCCGAUUUCACACCUCGGGGAGGGGGGGAGAGGGGAAAUGCAAAUGAGAGCAAACAUUUCCGAAGAAAAAGAGGAGGGAAAAUGACGCUGCAGUCGGUGGCUCGCAUAUCACAGCGCCGAGCGGAGGGGAUGCCACCUAGUGCCCCGUCUCCAUUAUAAUGAUCAACACGUACCACAGUAGCGUGGCGUCGUUACCGCCGCCGCCGCCGCUGCCGCGCCAGUCUCAGGUGUUCAUCCAACCUCGGGCCCCGUCGGCGGGCCACAGCAAGACCCUGUUCCGCUCUCUUCUGGCGGUCGUAGUGCUGCAUUUUCUGCUCACUGCGGGGGGAUUCGCCUUCCUGUACUGCACGGGCAGAAUGGAAAAGCCGCCAUUACCCAAAGCAACUUUUCAACAAACUUCCUCCAGAACGUUUGCCCGCAUGGUGGUGGCAAAUCGAAUCCACUCACCAGCACGGGAAUCAACACGUAAGCGACGUAACCCUUCGUGUCUUCUUUUCAGUCAAUUUGAUUCCUUGGUCUUCAUGAUGCUGACCUUCGGCGUUCUCAAACAAACGCACGAGGCUUUCACAGAAUUGCUACUAAAGUUAAACUCCAUCCAAGUGGACACUAUUUACCAAUUAGGACGCGCUGAUGCGGUUCCCCCAGCAGGUUACCUUCAGUGGGACAUGAAGCACUCGGUGCGAAGCAACGUCAACUACUACCGCAGCAGUUGGCUGACCGUCCUGGAGCCCGGGGACUACGUGGUCUUCUCCAGGGUCACCUUCUCCAGGGCCGACCCGCAGAGGCCGCUGGCCAGCGCCGUCAAGCUGAAACGCGGCGAGUCGUCCAAGGAGACGGUGGCGAUGACGGCCUACUGCAGCCUGGACGGCUCGGGGUCCGGGUCCGGCUUCGGCUCUGUCCCCCGGCUGUGCACCGCCUCCUUGGGAGAGGUGAUGACGCUGGAGCGGGGGAACCAGCUCAGUUUGUGGGUUCAGGACCAAUCACUGGUGGACUACAGCGAGGCGGCCACCAGCUUCGGGAUAUACAAACUUUGACAGUGUGGAUCACAUCAUAAAACUGUUAAUUUAUUGGGGGGGGGAGAAACAAACUUUUUUUUUUCUUCCGCAGAGCACUGAGAAUUAUCUUUUUUUAAUUUUUUUUUUAUUUUUCAUCUCUCACCAAGGCCGGCGGAAAAUUUUUUGUUCUGAAGAGCCCCGUUGGAUUUUUAAAAAUGACAGUUCGGUGGGGGAAAAGGAACCAUUAAAUUAGAAUAUAUGUUAAAGGGUGGAAAAUAGUUUAUUUCAGCUAUAAGAGGGGAAAUCCACUCAUUUCCUUUUUUUUUUUCUUGCUUUACAAUUCAUUUCAUCAUUUAUUGACUGGUGAAUUUUAAAUUAUUUAAUAAAAUACAAAACUUCUACAAAAUAUUCACAGUACAACAUAUUUAACCUUUUUUUGGGGUUUACAAUUAAUAAAUCAAUCACUUCACGAGAUAAAUAAAAAAAAAACAACAAGAAAUUCAACCUUGGUUUUAUCCACCAAAAAUGACUUUAGAUAAGCCGAAUAAAAUAGAUGGAUAUUGUUCAAACAAAACUUGCAUACAACAUUUUACAGAGAUUAGUUAACAGGCAGGCUCCCUCUCAUGGAACAUAACUACCCAAGUGCAGCCAUCCAUUUACCGAACCGCUUAUCCUCACAAGGCUCUCUAGAGUUCUGGAGUCUAUCCCAACCAACUUAUUACUUCCUGAACUAGAGUUCAGUUGUAUAAAAUUUUCAUUAAACUUUUCAAACAGUUUGUAUAUUUUUUUUUGGGGGGGGGUGGUGUUACAAUUUACAUGCAAUAUUUAAUCAUCAAUAGCUUUUUUGGUGGUGUAAAAAGCUUGAGAACCGAUGAAGAUAAUGCAAUACUUUAAAAGGACUGCAAAUAUGGAUUAAAAAAAAAAACUUAUGGUUUGAAAAAGGUCACCUCAUUUAAUGUGUUGUGAAUGGCGACAUUAUGCAUUCGUUGUAAUAAAUUAGUCUGGAAAGAUUAAAUGUCACAUACCGACAGGAUGUGUGUGUGUGCGUACCACACACGGCGUGUGCUCACAACACCUUCCAUGUUGUCAGCGUUCUUCUGGUUUCUGCUACGCACACCUGUAUCGUGUAUUCAUAGAUGGCAUGAAUAUGGAAAUCAUUGUGGAAACAGGACACAGUUUCCAUUUAUCAAACCAGCCACGCUGAGAAUAGGAAACCUUUAAUAAAAGAAUGACAACAUAAAGUACAGAGUGCUUAGAAAAAAAAUAUACAAUAAUAAUAAUAAUUGCAUAGAACCUUUAAAAGCAGACUUGACGUGAGAUGAAAAUUCCCACUGCAGUGAAGUGCUCAGUGAGGCUGCAGACAUUUGAGGCUAUAAAAUAAAAAGCAAAAAAAAAAAAAA